AUGGGAUCGGAGCAGGAGAAGAAGGCCGCCGCCACGGUGGAAGUGGAAGGCAUCCCGUUCCCGCGGGAAAUCGCCGGCGCCAAGACGCUCUCGCUCGUCGGCCAUGGCGUCACAGACAUUGAGAUCCAUUUCCUUCAGAUCAAGUUCAACGCCAUCGGGGUCUACCUCGACGUCGACGGCGCCAUGGAGCAUCUGCAGGGCUGGAAGGGGAAGAGCCAGCUGAUGGAGGACGAGGCUUUCUUCGACGCCCUGGUCUCCGCUCCGGUGGAGAAGGUGCUGAGGGUGGUGGUGAUCAAGGAGAUCAAGGGGUCGCAGUACGGCGUGCAGCUCGAGAGCUCCGUCAGGGACCGCCUCGUGGCAGCGGACAAAUACGAGGACGACGAGGAGGAGGCGCUCGAGAAGGUCUCCGACUUCUUCCAGUCCAAGUACUUCCGGCCCGGCUCCGUCGUCACCUUCCACUUCCCGGCCACGGUCACCGCCGCGCCAGAGAUAUCGUUCGUGACGGAAGGCAAGGAGGAGGCCAAGGUGGCGGUGGAGAACGCGGCCGUGGCGGAGAUGAUCCAGAGGUGGUACCUUGGCGGCGAUUCGGCGGUGUCGCAGACCACCGUCAGGAGCAUCGCUGAUAGUUUCGCGGCAAUGCUCACCUCACCAUGA